CCCCGGACUCCACGCCUCCCAUACCAUCCCGGUUUGCCCCGAGAGCAGUAUUAUCAGGGCUAUUGAGUCUGCUACAACCUUCAGGCCUAAAAGCGCCGAGGUCAGCAAAAACCCCGGGCCAGGCCGUGAAGGUAUCCGGGAUUUAAGGCUGCUCUCUCUUCCUGAAAGGCAGAGGUAAUAAGCAUCCCUGCCUCUCGUGAAGAAAACCACAAUCUGAGUCCUAGGAAACCAAGUUAGUCCACUACCCUCCCAGUCACCUUGCACUCAGUCCCGAGCUGCCAGAGCCAGCACCGCCGCCACCGUUCUACUUCCGGCCCUGGCUCCGCCCCCCACCCGCCUACCCGCCAUUGCAAGGCAUUGUGGGUCGCCGUUUCAGUCGGUCGACACUCACCGGACAGGAAGCGUCUCGGAGACAGUCUGCGACCGGACGGCUCUAGGUGAGACAGAAGCCAAACAGAAGGAGGAAGUGGAGGGGCUGAGCUUUUGAAAUACUUCACAACAAUGACGAAAAGAGAAGCAGAGGAGCUGAUAGAAAUUGAGAUCGAUGGAACAGAGAAACCAGAGUGCACAGAAGAAAGCAUUGUAGAACAAACCUAUACCCCAGCUGAAUGCAUAAGCCAAGCCAUAGACAUCAAUGAACCAAUAGGCAAUUUGAAGAAACUACUAGAACCAAGACUACAGUGUUCUUUGGAUGCUCAUGAAAUUUGCCUGCAAGAUAUUCAGCUGGAUCCAGAACGAAGUUUAUUUGACCAAGGAGUAAAGACAGAUGGAACUGUACAACUUAGUGUACAGGUAAUUUCUUACCAAGGAAUUGAACCAAAGCUAAACAUCCUGGAAAUUGUUAAACCAGCAGAAACAGUUGAAGUAGUUAUUGAUCCAGAUGCCCACCAUGCUGAAGCAGAAGCACAUCUUGUUGAGGAAGCUCAAGUGAUAACUCUUGAUGGCACAAAACACAUUACAACUAUUUCAGAUGAAACCUCAGAACAAGUGACACGAUGGGCUGCUGCACUUGAGGGUUAUAGGAAAGAGCAAGAACGUCUUGGGAUACCCUAUGAUCCCAUACAGUGGUCCACAGACCAAGUCCUGCACUGGGUGGUUUGGGUAAUGAAGGAAUUCAGCAUGACCGACAUAGACCUCACUACACUGAAUAUUUCCGGAAGAGAACUGUGUAGUCUCAACCAAGAAGACUUUUUUCAGCGGGUUCCUCGGGGAGAGAUUCUCUGGAGUCAUCUGGAACUUCUUCGAAAAUAUGUAUUGGCCAGCCAAGAACAACAGAUGAAUGAGAUAGUUACAAUUGAUCAACCUGUGCAGAUUAUUCCAGCAUCAGUUCAGUCUGCUACACCAACUGCGAUUAAAGCUAUAAGUAGUAGUGCAAAGGCAGCUAAAGUACAAAGAGCUCCAAGGAUUUCAGGAGAAGAUAGAAGUUCACCUGGAAACAGAACAGGAAACAAUGGUCAAAUCCAACUGUGGCAGUUUUUGCUAGAACUUCUUACUGACAAGGAUGCUCGAGAUUGCAUUUCUUGGGUUGGUGAUGAAGGAGAGUUUAAGCUAAAUCAGCCUGAACUGGUUGCACAGAAAUGGGGACAACGUAAAAAUAAACCCACCAUGAACUAUGAGAAACUUAGUCGUGCAUUAAGGUAUUAUUAUGAUGGGGACAUGAUUUGUAAAGUUCAAGGCAAGAGAUUUGUAUACAAGUUUGUCUGUGACUUGAAGACUCUUAUUGGAUACAGUGCAGCAGAGUUGAACCGUUUGGUCACAGAAUGUGAACAGAAGAAACUUGCAAAGAUGCAGCUCCAUGGAAUUGCCCAGCCAGUCACAGCAGUAGCCCUUGCUACUGCGUCUCUGCAAACAGAAAAAGAUAAUUGAGCCCAGGACCUUCUGGGAGUCCAAGGUCUUUCUUAAAUGUUAGAGCAAGUAUUGCUCUUACCUUUAUUACUGAAUUUGAAUCUUCUUUUAUUUCUAGACUGUAUGAUCUGAUGCAUGAUUUUUUUAUAAAUAUUUCAUACUCUUGUGAA